AUGGAUCGAGGAGGUUGCCACUGUUCGGGCGAGUUGGAAGUUUUACAACAGGACCAGAACCUAUCGCAAACGACCAUCUGCUUGCCAUCCUCUUCCCCGGCGAAGCCCGUAUCUACCUACCUGCCUCAGGGCGGCUAUAGGGGACUGGAGGACUCCAACCCAGAUCCCUUUUACCUGGAAAAGUCCUUGGCAGCUACCCCCACGGACGAUAGCUAUACCCCGGCCAUUUGCGAUGAAAGAUUUGGUGCAGACAACAGCCAAUACUAUACUGUCGACCACCAGAAGACAUCUUCGAAGUACACCGGGCCAGACCGUUCAACACUAGCUCAAUUGGAACUGGAGAAUAGCUUGAUCUUCCAUCGCUAUACUUCGUCCAGAGACGAACGAAACACGCUGCAUAGCAGCCAGGAUUCGUUCAGCUCGGUGCAGACGGUCAGCACCACACCGGAUCUGACACCUAGCAGCUCUUUCUCCUCUACCUACUCUCAAUCAUCCACUUCCUGCCCAGACGCAGUGCUCAAAGCGACGGAAAAGCUCUACCACCACGCGCAGCAAGCGCAACUUGAAUCCCAGCGUCCAUCGCAUCUUCCUGCGUCGAAUCCACCUAAAUAUUCUCUUCCACCACCUCCGCCCAUCGCGGCUCUUACUCCCGCUCACACUCGUCCUACCACCCCGGCUGAGCCCGCCACACUCAACACCAUGCGAUACGAAACAUCAAGUAUGUCGUCCUCCUCCCGUCGGAGGAGACAGGCUCAUCCCACCUUGCCCAACUUAUCGCGCGGUCCAAGCUGUCACAGCUCGCGCCGAAAGCAAUCAAGUCCGGGAACACGCCCUUAUGUGGAUGCGUCAAUGAUCUCGCCCCCUAGUUUGAUCAACCCCGUCACAAUGGAACCACACGCGACCCAUUUUGAUCAAGCGUUAUUCAUUCCUGCGAACGACUACCCGAGUCCUAUGCCGAGCCCUGUGGGCAGCUCCCCACCUAUCUCACGUCAAAUGACUCGCACAUCGAUGGAGAGGCCGUCAAUGUCCACCAUGGAUGCACACGGCGAGCAGUCCGUUUGGGAGUCGGACUCGGAUAACGAGUCUAUUAGCCAUAAAUCUUUGUCGAGGAAGCCAAUCGAUACUCUACGGAAGGUCCGUAGCAAGGCCAAGCUACGUGCCGCCAAGUCGCAACCGAGACUUCAUCAGACCAUGCUCGAUGACCAGGUCUCGGAGAAGUUCCCAUGCUUGCCAGAUGAUGCCAUUGGAGAGCCCGUGCCUGAUGCUCUUCGAAGUGCUAGUCUCGACCGACCUAGUACUAGCCGGCCUAGUACCAGCCGGGAUGGCUUGCGGCCUCACCCUCUGCAGACUCUUCGUCUGGUUGCUCCAUCUACCACAUCAUUACUCAAGGCCCGGUCUCGGCAAAAUAGCAGUGGUAACGAUUCAGAUAUUGACUGGUCUGCUGCCGCUGCGUUCCAGGCCAAGACUCGACGCAAGCGAUCCAACACGCCUGAGUUUGCCAAGUCUGACAAAGAAAGACUCACUUCCCUUUGCUUUGAGCAGCACUCGGAGGCCACUUUCCAAGAAGCUGUUGCUGAGGAGCCCAAGCCGCUCAUGCGACGAAUGCUCGAGUCCCUGCGCUUCCUCAACUGUGCGAGAACAAAGAAAACCAACAUACCAACCCCUAUGUAA